AUGGACUCCGCCUUGGCCACCUUUGGCCGCUGCUGCUGCCCGAACGUGGCCUGCCUGCAGGACCAGGCAAGAGCGGGGUCCGUCGGCGAGAUUGAGUCCAAGGACACGACUCUGGUGUCGUCCCUCACCCGCAAGUCCGUGGCUCUCCCGGAGGAGCGGGGCCACUUAGAUGCGAAAGCGGGUCCGAAGUCUUCCGGCCAGCAAACGUGGGCUCUCACGAACCGCGACCGGAGCCGCAUUCAGCGCGAGCUCCUCCGCCUGCGCACCUACUCGUUCGGCAGCAAGUUCGAGACGCAGCGCCUCCGCGUCGCGAUCACCCUCGGCUUCAUCGCCUUCACCACCCUGAUCGGGCUUGUUCUGGACGACAUCGGCAAGGUCGUUGACCUGAUCGGGUCCGUGUGCGGCUCGACGAUCGCCUUCGCCUUCCCCUGCUGGGCCUAUUUCAAGCUCUUCCCCGACCGGCGCGCCUCGCCCUUCUCCAUUAUCUCCUCGGCUCUCCUCGUCCUGGGCCUCGUGCUGAUCCCUCUCGGCGUCGCGCUCACGGACGCCGAAGCGGCGUUGCCGAUCGAGGCGACGCCGGCCGGGACGGGACGCUCCCGCUGCCUCGCCGCUUCCGACCAGGGUGGGAGGCGCGGCUUGCGACACACGGGUUGCAUGCUGCAGCUCUUCAGCGUUGCAGCAGCGCCGUCGCGCAGCGCUGUCUCCCUGAAAAGGCAAAGUUCUUCGUCACCUGUGUCGCUUGUCAUGCUCCAUCUGUACGAUUUGAUGUAUUGUUGCAGCUCGUUGUACGACUUGUGUUGUAUCAUUCCGACAACUCCAUAA